UAUUGAGAUAUGCGUGUGAGUAAUAGAAACACCAGUUAACCAAUAUUUGGCAAGCACAGAAAAUAAAACACACUGAAAGAAAAGAGAAGUGAAGAAAAAAAAAUAUACAAAGUGUCGAGGGGUAACCAGUGAAUGAGAACUACACAUAUGCACUUUAUCUGAUCCAUUUUGUGUGGUGUCACAGAAAAUUUGGUGUUACAUUUGGUUGGAUGUAACUUUGUGAAUUGAUCGAAUUAUAAAAAUUCUGCGGAAAAUUCAAUAGCAAAAAUGGCUGGAUCGUCGCUACGACGUUUAAUGGCCGAAUAUAAACAAUUGACACUGAAUCCACCGGAAGGAAUUGUUGCUGGUCCGAUUAGCGAAGAUAACUUUUUCGAAUGGGAAGCAUUGAUCCAAGGGCCAGAGGGAACGUGCUUUGAAGGUGGCGUUUUUCCAGCUCGUUUGGUUUUCCCACCUGACUAUCCGCUGAGCCCGCCCAAAAUGAAGUUCACCUGUGAAAUGUUCCAUCCAAAUAUUUUUGCCGAUGGUCGAGUGUGCAUAUCGAUUUUGCACGCGCCUGGAGACGAUCCCAUGGGCUACGAGCUAUCGGCCGAACGAUGGAGUCCAGUUCAAAGUGUCGAGAAGAUUCUAUUGAGUGUGGUUUCGAUGUUGGCCGAACCAAAUGACGAGAGUGGUGCAAAUGUCGAUGCAGCCAUCAUGUGGCGCGAUAAACGCGAUCAAUUCAAUAAAAUAGCCAAAAGUAUUGUUAGAAAAACCCUUGGCCUGCCUUCGUAAGAUAAUUGCUAUAUCAAUGGACACCUCUCAAGCGAACACUAAAUUACCGGAAAUCAAGUGGCAAAAAUAUAUAUACACACACACACAAAAGAAACACACAGAUAUUUUUAUAAACAGCGAUUCAUUCGUAUUCUUAACCCUCUUCUCUGAACCAAUUUGAUAUUUUCUUGAGCCGAUUAUCAAAUCAUAUCGCUUAUUAAAUCCCGUUUGAAGUGUGUUUAUUUCUGUGGAAACACAAAAUCUGAAAUGUGAAUAUUUUAAAUGCAAAUUCUGUAUAGAAUGCUAUUUACAGGAAUUUAUUCCAAUUGAAGACAUCAACAAAUCUUAAUUUCGUAGUCAAACAAAAUGAAAUGGAAUUUAUUUAAAUGACUGACGAAAAUGUUAGACAUUCUUUUACUUUCUAAUUUUCUUUGUUUUCUUUUCUUAGAUUGUAAUAAAAUGAAAUUUUGAAAAUCUUGA